ACCGUCUCAUCACACCAUCUCCGCUUCCACUGCGUUGUAUUCGAGGAUGGAGACGAGUCAGCCCAAAUCGUCGCGCCACUAAUCUAUGUUCGCGUUCUUUCAAGAAACACUGUUGUCCUAGCGCGCCUGGAUUCCAACAAUCCGGGCAGCGAAAGUACGAUCUCAGAAGCAAGUGGAGAUGUACUCCUUACCAAUGGAGAUGUACUUCGCAUCACAAGGCAAGUUUCCAUCAUUCUACAAACCCAAGGCCCUCCUGCUGCAACGCCAAGCGCAUUUGAUCUAGUAAAGCAAGCUGAAGUGCGGAGCUUCGAGGACCAGUACCAAGUAAGCGGUCGGAUGCUUGGGUCAGGCGGCAAUGGUACUGUCUUUGUGGCAGUAAAGCAGCCGACGAAGAAGCAGUACGCCUGUAAGAUUGUGUCUUUCGCGCCUAGGCGGCAGGCAGGUCUCGCUCGUGAAUACGAUCUGCUAAGCAAUCUUAAUCAUCCAAAUAUCAUAUCGCUCGAGAAAGUCUUCUGCGCUGCUCACAACAAUUACAUUGUUGAAGAACUUAUCACAGGCGGCGAUCUGCUCUCUUACCUCGAUCAAAGGGGCAGUCUGAGCGAGCCGGAGGCAGCGAUUAUUGUUCGCCAGGUCCUCGAAGCCGUGGAGUACUUACACAGCAACCAGAUCGUGCAUAGGGACAUUAAGCCGGAGAACGUCCUCGUCACUUCAUGGAGACCAGGGGCACGCGUCGUGCUUACUGACUUCGGGCAAGCACGAAGGUUGCAGAGCGCAAAGCGCGCUGUCCUCCGCAUGCAUACUGUGAUUGGCACAUAUGGCUACACGGCGCCCGAGGUGUACGCACCAACGACACGCGAUCUAGGACACGAGAAGGGCUACAGCAAGGCAAUUGACAUUUGGUCAACCGGCUGCGUCGCCGCGACGUUACUUAGCGGCUGUCCCGUCUUUUCAGACGACCGUGGCGACCCUCUCGAAGACUCCCAAUACUGGAAUACAGGCUUCAUGGACACCCUUCCACAGUGGCGUAACGUUGGCAGAAAGGCGAAGUCGUUCAUCCGAGGCUGUUUGACCACCGACGAGACACUACGUCCGACAGCCAAACAAGCUUCGCUGCAUGAGUGGUUCUCCAAUCGCCACUACGCGGCGGAGCUCGAAGCAGCAUAUCAGCGAGCGAUUAGUGACUGGAAGCCGAGAACUAUCGAUGGCGCCUUAGUUGAGACCGUCCAGACCGCUAACGCAGUCCUCGAUGCAGUAAUGAAGGCUCAGCAGGAGGAAAAUGUGCGAAAUGGUACGGAGUCAUAUCAUUUUCGGCAUGCGGGCACGGAAGGACCUUUGCUAAGCCAGUUCGGAUGUUUCCAAAGCAGUUUGUCUGCCAUCAAGCCGCGCCACACGCCAUUACCUCCUAUUACAGAUGACCUCAAUCCAGACCACGCCGUCAAUGGCCGGCAUGAACAUCUCAACGCAAAGCCACCAUACACUGGAGAUGGUCAUCCGGAGCCGCACGACAGCACCUUCAACGAUCGGCGGUUCUCGGCCUGCUCCGAAUCCGAGUCAUUCCUCACAUUGAGCGCCUCAAUACCUCGUCCCCCGCCGAGGAGCCAGUGGGACGCCAGCAUUACAGAGACGCAGUUGAUGCUGGAUUAG